AUGUCUCAGUUGGAAGUAACUCAGAAACCGAAUUUUCUCAUAAUUGUUGCUGAUGACCUCGGAUGGUCGGAUACGUCACCAUUUGGUGGUGAAAUCAACACGCCAAAUAUUCAAAUGCUAGCCGAUGGUGGAAUUCGAUUUACAGAUUUUCAUACAGCCUCGGCAUGUUCACCUACUCGAGCAAUGCUAUUAAGUGGUACAGAUCAUCAUAUUGCUGGUCUUGGUCAAAUGGUAGAAGAAAUUAUAAACCAUCCGGAUAUUUGGCAAGGAAAACCUGGUUACGAAGGUUAUCUUAAUGAUCGAGUUGCUGCUCUACCAGAAAUUAUGCAAGAUGCUGGCUAUUUUACUACAAUGAGUGGCAAAUGGCAUCUAGGAAUGACCCCUAAUCAAAUUCCAGCCAAACGUGGUUUCGAUGACAGUUUCUCUUUGUUGCCUGGAGCUGGAAAUCAUUAUGCUUAUGAUAUUGCCGAAUCAUUCCUUCCACCAGUCUAUGUAUGUAAUUCCACAUAUAUUGAUUAUGAAACUCUCGAAAAUUUUUAUUCAUCUGAUUAUUUUGCUACUGAACUUAUUAAAAGCUUACAAUCAAAUACUGCUAUAAACAAGAAGCCUUUUUUUGCUUACCUUCCUUUUACCGCUCCUCAUUGGCCUCUUCAAGCGCCUGCCGAGAUCAUCGCCAAAUACAAAGGAAUAUACGAUGAUGGUCCAUCUGUUCUACUCAAAAAUCGACUUAAAACUCAACGUAAACUAGGUCUUAUACCCUCUGAUAUUAUUUCACCAGCUGAUGACAUAGCAGAAGAAGAAUGGAAAAAACUCACACUCGCCGAAAAAGCUUAUAGUGCCAAAACAAUGGAAAUCUAUGCAGCCAUGGUUGAACGCAUGGAUUUUGCUAUUGGACGUGUUAUAGAUUAUCUGAAAGAAAGCGAACAAUUUGAAAAUACAUUCAUCUUAUUCAUGUCAGAUAAUGGAGCAGAGGGUGCCAGUAUGGAUAGCAUUCCGAUAUCAUCUACAUGGAAUCCAGACAAAUUUUUCAAUAACAGCUAUGAAAAUAUUGGCAAUAAGGAUUCGUUUAUCACAUAUGGAUUGCGAUGGGCUCAAGCAGCGACUGCUCCUAGUAGAAUGGUCAAAGGUCAUAUUACCGAAGGCGGUAUUCGAUGUCCGGCAAUUGUACACUAUCCCAAAUUACAUACAUCUUUAAAGAUCAGUGAUGAAUUCACGACUGUUAUGGAUAUUCUACCUACUGUCCUCGAACUUGCAAAUAUUCCACACCCAGGUAUAACAUUUCGCAAACGUGCCGUUGUUAAACCGCGAGGAAAAUCGUGGCUUCCAUACCUACUUAAUCCUGAUGAACACAAGCACGUUCACAGUGAGUACAAUUUUACAGGAUGGGAAUUGUUUGGUGAACGUGCUAUUCGUCGUGGAAAUUAUAAAGCUAUCUUGGUACCAAAUGAAUCAAAUACGGCAAAAUGGGAAUUGUAUGAUUUAUCUCGAGACAAGGGAGAAUUAAUCAAUUUAGCCCAUGAACGAGAAGAUGUGUUGAAGGAACUUGUAGAAGCAUGGUUCACAUAUGAAGCUGAGACGGGUGUCAUCGUUGCUGAAGAUGGCUGGGCUGUUAGAUAUUCUUCUGAUCUCGUCUUAUCUAAGCGUAUACAAAAUGUUGUCGCUCGUAUACGAUACCAUCUGGUUCCUCACGAUGAGAUUUAA